GGCACGGGAGGUGGAGAAAGAGGCUUGGGCGGCCCCGCUGUAGCCGCGUGUGGGAGGACGCACGGGCCUGCUUCAAAGCUUUGGGAUAACAGCGCCUCCGGGGGAUAAUGAAUGCGGAGCCUCCGUUUUCAGUCGACUUCAGAUGUGUCUCCACUUUUUUCCGCUGCAGCCGCAAGGCAAGGAAACAUUUCUCUUCCCGUACUGAGGAGGCUGAGGAGUGCACUGGGUGUUCUUUUCUCCUCUAACCCAGAACUGCGAGACAGAGGCUGAGUCCUUGCAGAGAACAGCUCCAGAAAAGCCAGGAGAGCACAGGAGGGCAUCCGGGAGGCCAGGAGGGGUUCGCUGGGGCCUCAACCGCACCCGCAUCGGUCCCACCUGCGAGGGGGCGGGACCUCGUGGCGCUGGACCAAUCAGCACCCACCUGCGCUCACCUGGCCUCCUCCCGCUGGCUCCCGGGGGCUGCGGUGCUCAAAGGGGCAAGAGCUGAGCGGAGCACCGGCCCGCCGUCGCGGCAGCUGCCUCACCCUUCUCUCUGCAGCCAUGGGGCUCCCUCGUGGACCUCUCGCGUCUCUCCUCCUUCUCCAGGUUUGCUGGCUGCAGUGCGCGGCCUCCGAGCCGUGCCGGGCGGUCUUCAGGGAGGCUGAAGUGACCUUGGAGGCGGGAGGCGCGGAGCAGGAGCCCGGCCAGGCGCUGGGGAAAGUAUUCAUGGGCUGCCCUGGGCAAGAGCCAGCUCUGUUUAGCACUGAUAAUGAUGACUUCACUGUGCGGAAUGGCGAGACAGUCCAGGAAAGAAGGUCACUGAUGGAAAGGAAUCCAUUGAAGAUCUUCCCAUCCAAACGUAUCUUACGAAGACACAAGAGAGAUUGGGUGGUUGCUCCAAUAUCUGUCCCUGAAAAUGGCAAGGGUCCCUUCCCCCAGAGACUGAAUCAGCUCAAGUCUAAUAAAGAUAGAGACACCAAGAUUUUCUACAGCAUCACGGGGCCGGGGGCAGACAGCCCCCCUGAGGGUGUCUUUGCUGUAGAGAAGGAGACAGGCUGGUUGUUGUUGAAUAAGCCACUGGACCGGGAGGAGAUUGCCAAGUAUGAGCUCUUUGGCCACGCUGUGUCAGAGAAUGGUGCCUCAGUGGAGGACCCCAUGAACAUCUCCAUCAUCGUGACCGACCAGAAUGACCACAAGCCCAAGUUUAUCCAGGACACCUUCCGAGGGAGGGUCUUAGAGGGAGUCCUACCAGGUACUUCUGUGAUGCAGGUGACAGCCACGGAUGAGGAUGAUGCCAUCUACACCUACAAUGGGGUGGUUGCUUACUCCAUCCAUAGCCAAGAACCAAAGGACCCACACGACCUCAUGUUCACCAUUCACCGGAGCACAGGCACCAUCAGCGUCAUCUCCAGUGGCCUGGACCGGGAAAAAGUCCCUGAGUACACACUGACCAUCCAGGCCACAGACAUGGAUGGGGACGGCUCCACCACCACGGCAGUGGCAGUAGUGGAGAUCCUUGAUGCCAAUGACAAUGCUCCCGUGUUUGACCCCCAGAAGUACGAGGCCCAUGUGCCUGAGAAUGCAGUGGGCCAUGAGGUGCAGAGGCUGACAGUCACUGAUCUGGACGCCCCCAACUCACCAGCGUGGCGUGCCACCUACCUUAUCAUGGGCGGUGACGACGGGGACCAUUUUACCAUCACCACCCACCCUGAGAGCAACCAGGGCAUCCUGACAACCAGGAAGGGUUUGGAUUUUGAGGCCAAAAACCAGCACACCCUGUACGUUGAAGUGACCAACGAGGCCCCUUUUGUGCUGAAGCUCCCAACCUCCACAGCCACCAUAGUGGUCCACGUGGAGGAUGUGAAUGAGGCACCUGUGUUUGUCCCACCCUCCAAAGUCGUUGAGGUCCAGGAGGGCAUCCCCACUGGGGAGCCUGUGUGUGUCUACACUGCAGAAGACCCUGACAAGGAGAAUCAAAAGAUCAGCUACCGCAUCCUGAGAGACCCAGCAGGGUGGCUAGCCAUGGACCCAGACAGUGGGCAGGUCACAGCUGUGGGCACCCUCGACCGUGAGGAUGAGCAGUUUGUGAGGAACAACAUCUAUGAAGUCAUGGUCUUGGCCAUGGACAAUGGAAGCCCUCCCACCACUGGCACGGGAACCCUUCUGCUAACACUGAUUGAUGUCAACGACCAUGGCCCAGUCCCUGAGCCCCGUCAGAUCACCAUCUGCAACCAAAGCCCUGUGCGCCAGGUGCUGAACAUCACGGACAAGGACCUGUCUCCCCACACCUCCCCUUUCCAGGCCCAGCUCACAGAUGACUCAGACAUCUACUGGACGGCAGAGGUCAACGAGGAAGGUGACACAGUGGUCUUGUCCCUGAAGAAGUUCCUGAAGCAGGACACAUAUGACGUGCACCUUUCUCUGUCUGACCAUGGCAACAAAGAGCAGCUGACAGUGAUCAGGGCCACCGUGUGCGACUGCCAUGGCCAUGUCGAAACCUGCCCUGGACCCUGGAAGGGAGGUUUCAUCCUCCCUGUGCUGGGGGCUGUCCUGGCUCUGCUGUUCCUCCUGCUGGUGCUGCUGUUGUUGGUGAGAAAGAAGCGGAAGAUCAAGGAGCCCCUCCUACUCCCAGAAGAUGACACCCGUGACAAUGUCUUCUACUAUGGCGAAGAGGGGGGUGGCGAAGAGGACCAGGACUAUGACAUCACCCAGCUCCACCGAGGUCUGGAGGCCAGGCCGGAGGUGGUUCUCCGCAAUGACGUGGCACCAACCAUCAUCCCGACACCCAUGUACCGUCCUCGGCCAGCCAACCCAGAUGAAAUCGGCAACUUUAUAAUCGAGAACCUGAAGGCGGCUAACACAGACCCCACAGCCCCGCCCUACGACUCCCUCUUGGUGUUCGACUAUGAGGGCAGCGGCUCCGACGCCGCGUCCCUGAGCUCCCUCACCUCCUCCGCCUCCGACCAAGACCAAGAUUACGAUUAUCUGAACGAGUGGGGCAGCCGCUUCAAGAAGCUGGCAGACAUGUACGGUGGCGGGGAGGACGACUAGGCGGCCUACCUGCAGGGCUGGGGACCAAACGUCAGGCCACAGAGCAUCUCCAAGGGGUCUCAGUUCCCCCUUCAGCUGAGGACUUUGGAGCUUGUCAGGAAGUGGCCGUAGCAACUUGGCGGAGACAGGCUAUGAGUCUGAUGUUAGAGCGGUUGCUUCCUUAGCCUUUCAGGAUGGAGGAAUGUGGGCAGUUUGACUUCAGCACUGAAAACCUCUCCACCUGGGCCAGGGUUGCCUCAGAGGCCAAGUUUCCAGAAGCCUCUUACCUGCCGUAAAAUGCUCAGCCCUGUGUCCUGGGCCUGGGCCUGCUGUGACUGACCCACAAUGGACUUUCUCUCUGGAAUGGAGCCUCCUUAGGCCUCCUGGUGCAACUUAAUUUUUUUUUUUUAAUGCUAUCUUCAAAACGUUAGAGAAAGUUCUUCAAAAGUGCAGCCCGGAGCUGCUGGGCCCACUGGCCGUCCUGCAUUUCUGGUUUCCAGACCCCAAUGCCUCCCAUUCGGAUGGAUCUCUGCGUUUUAAUACUGAGUGUGUCUAGGUUGCCCCUUAUUUUUUAUUUUCCCUGUUGCAUUGCUGUAGAUGAAGGGUGAGGACAAUUGUGUAUAUGUACUAGAACUUUUUUAUUAAAGAAACUUUUCCCAGA